AGCGUCGUGUUGGCAGUUUGUACGGCAGCAAUGCAGUUCGUUUUCAAGAUUUCGAUGGUUUUAGCUGUAGUAAAUUUAGUCGCUUGCAGCUCGAAGGGCAAAUACGUAGCGAUGACCGAGAAGAAAACCUUUCUGGAAGCCUGGCGAGCGUGUCAAUUCUUUGGACUACAAUUGGCAUCUGUGCGGACGAAAGCAGAGAACGAACUCUUGCGAACUUUGUUGGUACAGCCUGAGCACAGUGCGUCAACUUUUUGGCUAGCCGGUACCGAUUUGGGUUGGGAGGGACGCUGGAUUUGGAUCACGAACAAUUCUCCCCUAGUUAUUUUCUCAAACUGGGCUUUUGGAAAUCCGGAUAACAGCAACAAUCAGGACUGCAUGAUAGUUGGAAGCAAUGCAAAUGAUCCUACCAUGUGGGAUGAUGUACAAUGUACAGAUAAACAUAAAUACAUCUGCGAGAAAAAUGACGAGUAAAUCUU